AUGGGCUUCACCACCAAAGCCUCGGGUUUGCUGCAUUCCCACCACUCCAAACCCAGCACCGCAGAAAUGGCCGUGACCACACAGCAAGACAAAGAUUUCAUCGCCCAUUUCUCAGCAUCGCAACAUACCCUUCCGCCCGAGGAGAUACAGCAGGAUCCGCGGAACAAGGAGCUUGGUCGUAGUUCCAAGGGGCUAUGUGUGCGCGAUUUCGAGCUGGUGAGGACGUUGGGGACUGGGACCUUUGCGCGCGUGUGGCUUGUGAGGCUGGCUGAUCCCAAGGAGGAAGAUCGCGAUAAAGUGUUUGCGUUGAAAGUUCUGCGGAAGGUUGAAGUUAUCAAGCUGAAGCAAGUCGACCAUGUCAACCAUGAGCGUUCUGUUCUCGCAGAUAUUGCGGGUCAUCCUUUCAUCACUACAUUAAUUACCUCCUUCUCAGACCACGAUUCUCUAUACAUGCUUCUCGACUACUGUCCUGGUGGUGAAGUAUUCUCCUACCUACGAAAAGCCAAACGCUUCGACGAAAACACCGCUCGUUUCUACGCCGCCGAAAUCGUACUAAUCCUCGAAUUCCUACACGAACGCGAAGGCGUCGCAUACCGAGAUCUCAAACCCGAAAACCUGCUCUUGGAUGCGGAAGGACAUAUCAAGCUGGUGGAUUUUGGCUUUGCAAAACGACUUGGUAACAGUAAGCGUCGGUCCUUUACUACAAUUUUCAGGCGCAGGACAAACAGCAGACCCGUUUUGCCGAGUUCGGACAGUGAGGACAGUCUCUCUGACUAUAAUAAAGGGGAAACUUAUACGUUGUGCGGCACGCCGGAAUACCUAGCUCCUGAAGUCAUUCAAUCAAAAGGCCAUACGACAGCUGUUGACUGGUGGGCGCUGGGUAUCUUGAUUUACGAAUUUCUGACGGGAUACCCGCCGUUUUGGAACGCAAAUCCAAUUGAGAUUUACAAGCAAAUCGUCUCUAAACCAGUCCACUUCCCUACCAACCCCGUCAUCUCUCCCGACGCAAAAGACAUAAUCUGCCAAUUCUGCACCGUAGACCGAUCCCACCGUCUCGGCAAUAUAUCUGGCGGCGCCGCGAGAGUAAAAUCACAUCCAUUUUUCACCGGCGUAGUGUGGGAUGAUGUCUAUUACAGGAAAUACAAAGGCCCGAUUAUCCCACAAGUUAGAUAUCCCGGGGAUGCGCAGUGUUUUGAUAUGUAUCCCGACGAGAAGAGGAGUCGGGAUAUGUAUACGGAUGAGUUGAGGGGGAAGUGGGAGGAUCAUUUUAAAGAUUUUUGA